AUGCAUUUAAGAUCAAUUACUACCCAAGAAUUAUUAUUUUCUAGAAGGAAUAGUGGCAACGCAGCUAAUAAGAUCAACAAUAAUAAACCGGGAAAACAUAAGUUAGAAAUGAUAUCAACUAUUCUUCAAGAUUUUCCUUAUCGUAAAUUUAUUUUAGUAGGUGAUUCUGGUGAAAUGGAUCCUGAAAUCUAUCAGCAGAUUUAUAAUGAACAUCCAGAUCAGAUCAUUAAGAUCUUUAUUCAUGAUGUUUCAUCCCAUCGUGCCAUCGUUGCUGAUCGUGAUAACUACAAUAAUAAUCCUCAACAUCAGCAAUCUGAUUCAUAUUAUAAUAGUUUACAAAGAUUUAUUUCAAGAGAAUCAACUCUUUUAAGAAGAGGAGCUACUCCUCAAUUGGCAAUGGAUGCUUUAGCAGAAACAGAAAUUCCCCCCAAUAGUAAUUCUCAAAUAAUAGCAUCAACUAAAUUAGAACAAUUUGAAGAAAGAAUGAAACAAAUAUCCAAUCACAUGAGAGAAGGAGUCUUUACGGUCUUUACAUUGGCAUCCCAGCUUUUGUUAGAUCCUGUUAUUACAGAAGAAUUUUUGUUGUUAAAAGCAUCGCAGGACUUAUUUUUAUAA